AUGGCGACGACCCCCGCCGACCGCUCGCACGAGGGCCACACGCUCCCGCUCGCGUCGUUCGUCGCACAGCGCGCACCGGCACACCCUCUGCCUCGACUCGUCAUCGAUCCCGUCCUCCCGCGACUCGCCAGCCUCGAGGCCGCCCUCUUGACCUCGAGGCCCGCCGCGCUCCUCCUCCGACUCGGCAUCGCCUCGGAGCGCUCCAUCGUCGCCCUCGCGCUCGCAGCCAUUGCAGCUGCCCUCGCCCGGUGGCGCGCACAAUGGCGCGCCGUCCUGUGGGCCCUCGGCCUCGGCGAGGCCCUGUCGAGGACCGUCGGCCUCUUGCAGCGACAAGCGGCGACCGUCGACGGCGAGGGCAAGCAGCACGGCCGGCCCGACGACGACGAGGACGGUACUGCACAAGAGACGCAGCACGUCCUGUCGUUCUGGCUCUUCUUCGCCGCCCUGUCGCUCGCCGACAGCCUCCGCUCGACCCCGUCGGGCCCGUCCUCGUCCUUCACCUCGUCCGCCCUGUCGUUCCUCGCCCUCCCGACUCGAGCGCGCGCCACCCUCCAGUCGGCUCGACGCACCUACCUCCACUUUGUCCGCCUGUGGAUCCUCCCCUCGUUCUUCCGCCUGCGCUGGGCCGGCCGCGCCCUCGUCGCCAAGUACCCUCGCCUCGACCCGGCACCUCGACUCGCCUAUUGGACCGCGUUCCCGUACGCCUUCCCUCGCCUGUACCCAUCCCCCUCCUCGUCGCCCGCGGCCCCGACCCGACGCGCGGCCGGCAACUUUCCCCAGCCGCGCUCGCGCCCGUGGGACCCUCUCCCGACCUCGCUCCCCCUCUCGUGGUCCUACUUCGCCUACCCGUCGACCUCGAGCCUCACCAACCCAUCCCUCGCGCCGACCUACUCGCCCCGCGCCGUCGCCGCCGCCGAGGCGCGCUGGGAGCUCGUCCGCCUCGUCCUCCUGUGGGUCGCCCUGCGCCGCGACGCCUGGGGCGCAAAGAGCCUCGUCUGGGACUGGACGCUCGCGCCCCUCCUCGGCGCGCUCCCCGGCGGCGCCGCAGCAGCACCCGGCGAGCCGACGACGGUCCUGCGCGUUGUGCGCGAGGUGGCCGGCCCGCGAGCAGGUGCGACGGGCCGCGGUGCGGGCGUUCGGGCAUCGAGCGAGAGCGCGCGGCCGCAGACGUCGCAGGACGACCCGGACGUGCCGCUGUCGCCCUCGGGCUCGAGCUCGUCGGCGUCGGCGACGCCUCGUCGAGCGACGGCCGCCACUGGGCGCGACUACCCGACGCUAUCGCCGUACGCCCUGGCGUGGACGCCGCCGCGGCCCACAGCGCCCUCGAGCAGCAUCGCGUCGCGCCCUCGUGGCUCGGCGCCAGCGUCGCACGCGUCGUCGAGCCGCACGGCGUCGCCGGCGCGCCCGACCUCGGCUCGUGCGCCGUUCGCGCUGCAGGACCCGCCGGCCGCUCGUGCGGGGACGUCACGCAGCGGAGCGCUCCUCGGUGCCUCGAGCGGUGCGGCCAGGAGCGCGCGAGAGCACGGCGCGGCGGCGAGCGGUAGCGGACGAGGGCUGCUCUCUCCCGGGCUGAGCGUCGGCGGGUCGUCAUCGGCGGGCGAGGGGCCCCGCAGGUCGAGGCGUGAGCAGGACGACGACGACGAGUGGGACGUCGACGCCGUGGCGGACGACGACAGCGACGUGCCGCCGGCGACGCCAGGCGAGGAGGAAGCCGAGGAGGGCGCGCGGCGGUGGGCGACCGUGCUCGCCGAGGCGCACGCGGCCGAGCUCCUCGUCGACGCCGAGGGCAGCGGAGAGCUCGUCGGUGGGGUCGUCGAGGGCGAGCGGCACGACGGCGAGCCGGGCUGGAGCAGGUGA